GUGGUAUGAAUGAAAAAGCUCAUCUACCUUCUUUUUCUUUUUCUAAAUGGUACUUUCCCCGCGUACGACUUUGACCACUUCAACCAAAACUUUGCACUCUUCUCAGAUAAUUAUUCUGUAAUUGGGGUUUUUGCUGAUGCCUGGUAUGACUUCUUCUGCAAAUUUCCCUUCCUCUAGUUUCCGGCUAUUUGCAAAACUCGCUUUCUGAGUCCUUGGGUCUGGUGAUAGUUUGAAGAAUUGCAGGAUCUUCGCUUGUAGUCUGUACCUCCAAGGAAGGGAAGAUGGGUUCAUGUUUCGGAAUAAAGAAGCAAACCAAGGAUGAGGAACUAUUGUUGAAGAAUGGAAGCAUGUUAUUAGAAAAGCUUAUUGCCUCAUCUAAUGGUAAAUGUAAUCCUAUUCGUGCUUUCUCUGCUGAGGAGCUGAGCAAAGCAACAAAUGAUUACAAUGUUGGACAAGAAAUUUCGAGGUAUGUUCAUUUUGUUCUAUACAAAGGUUUUCUGCACGGCCGCGAAAUUUCUGUGAAAAGGUAUAAUAGCCAUAGCAAAUCGCUUGAAACAGCUAUCACAGAUAUUGUAAUUAGCUCACAAAUGAGUGUUCACAAGAAUGUUCUAAAACUCAUUGGAUGCUGCUUAGAAACUCAAAAUCCGGUGCUUGUUUAUGAAUUUGGUGGUGAUAAAAAUCUCAAAAGAUUAAUGUUUGAUAUUUGCGAGGGGCAGCCUGAGUCAUUAACAUGGAAGUCUAGAAUAAAGAUCGCAAUGGAUAUCGCUAAUGCAGUCGCAUAUCUCCACACUGCUUUGUCCAGACCUAUUAUUCAUCAAGGUCUUUCACUUAUAUCAAUAGUAAUGGAUACAAAUUGUGUUGCUAAGCUUUCUGAUUUCUCACUCUCUAUAGCUAUUCCAAAGGGCAAAUCCCAUGUAGUAAAAGAUACUAUCUCUGGGGUAUUUGGGUAUAUAGCACCUGAAGUUUUUGAAUGCAGAAUAAAUGAAAAAGCGGAUGUUUUUAGUUUUGGCAUACUCUUACUUGAGCUUUUGACUAGAAGAAAGUCUGCGGAUCACAGUGAGGAGGAAGCCACUUUCAAAGAAUUUGUGGGGAAUUACGUUGAAAACAAUCGGUUAACUGAAAUUGUGGAUCAAAGUAUUUCAAGUGAAGGAAUCAAUCGUGAUGACUUGGUAACUUUUGCAAAUAUUGCACUUCAUUGCACCCAAGAAAAUCCUGAGGAUCGACCAAUGAUAACUGAUGUGGCAAAACAGCUAAGGCAACUUGAUAAAGAUUGUCCAUAUAUUUCUAAGCUUUAUUAGCUCUGUAGCUGCAAUUAUGCUUCAUGAUACUUUCUAUAAUUUCAAGUUCAUUUUAGCAGUUAUAUCCUGUAUGUGUGUUGUAUCUGUUGGUUUGAUUAAUCUUCAAAUUUCCGUCUGUGUAAUUAUAUAUGAUCUGUUCAUAGGAUAUGAUGCUCAAUUCUAUCACUGAAAAUUAAAUUUUUUAAAGAACCAUUAGACAGCUUUUCAUUCAAAAAUUUAUCAAGUAGUGUUACUUCAUGCUUUUCCUUAAGAAUUGCAGUUGCAUUAAGAAUUUGGACAUGAAUUUAUUGAUGGAUUUGCAAAGAACUUUCAUCAAUUUUGAUGGAUUGAAAAGGAUCUUUAUACAAAUGUGCAAAUGAAGGAAACAUGUUGUAUCCUGCUAAUGAACUAUCAACCUUUGACCGCAUCUUAAAAAGGAUGGUUUGGGACAGGAAACUCAAAAAAAAUGAAGAAUUCCGGUGAAGUAGCCAACUUUGGUUAAGAAAUGUUAUUGCAUUAUGAUCCUAAAGAGAUUGCGGCAGUUUUUAAAUUAAUGAAAUGACAAAAAAUGAACAGAGGAGAUUGCCUUUGAAUCUAUCGGCUUACUUCUUUAACUAUUCAAGGGGGAAAAGUUCAAUCCCCUUUUCUCUCCCUCGAGAACAAGAUCAAAGUUAAGGCUUUAGAAGUGAGUGUCAAAAUCUUUGUUGAAGAAGGAUCACUAGCAGUGAUCUGGGAGAAGAACAAAAGUAUAGCAGUUCAACAGCGCACUGAUUUCAGUGGCAAAGCCUACCAUUAGCAAACAAGAGAGCAUCAAGCAGAGGCAGAGCGGUUCAAAAGAUGAGAGUUACAUUCAGAAUGAGGCCAUGUUAAUGGAGGAGCUUCUUGCCAUCAAUAAUUGAGCUGAAGAUAGGAACCAAUAUUAUUGUGAAGGUCAACGCUGUCUGCCUUGUCAUACCAACUUCAAUCCUAUUUCUGAUUUCUCCGCAAAAGAGCUCAAGAUGUUAGAAGAAAACCCUGCUGAACAAGCAAGGGAUAAUAAUGGUAGGAGUCAGAGAUCCAAUUCUAGUGUUUGAAUUUGUCGGCAUGCAUCGGAAUCCUGACUUUUGCCUUUGAUUUAAUGCAGCGGAUAUAAUUAUCAGCCACUGUCACUGAAAUGCAGGUUGAAAAUUGCAAUGGAGUGGAAUUAGCUAAUAGAAUUGCAUAUCUCCAAACAUCUUCCAAAUCUGUUGCCGUGAGACAAAUAUGCAUAUACAUAUAUAUAUAUAUA